AUGAAUAGAUUAAUUAGUGAAAUUGCAGUGAUUCUAAGACAAGCAGAGAACAUAAUUCCAUCACUUUUUGGUCGUUAUCCAUUUCCACCAGAGCCACUGACAGUUUUAGCAAAUCAACAUCCAGAAGUUCCAUCAAAACAACCAUUCUCAUUAAAGGAUUUAAUAGGCGAUGGAUUCCUCUUUGCAGUUCCGGUGUUUAGAAGAACACUAGAAGUAAGGAAAACAAGGAAAAUUGGAAUUCCUUAUCGUGGAGGACCUGAAGGUUUAAAAACAUUACAAAAGAAGCCUUACAUUAAAGUCUGUAACGCUUGUGGACAUUAUCAUGAGAGAGAUUGCCUAUGUCCUAAUUGUUAUGCAAAGAUCAAAGACGAGACGAAUGAAAUUAAGGAGAAGAUCAUUAAGGAAUUAAAAUUAGAUCCAGUAGACAAGGAAGUCGUUGUACUGUAUGAUGGAGAGAAGGCUCAACAAUCACCAGAAUUUUGGAAUGGCAAGCGAAUUGUAGAGAUGGAAAAGGCUCGUCCACAAUGGUUUAGCAAGAAUCUAAUGCAAAAAUCAACACAACCAAAUGCUGAAACAAAAGAGCUGGAUAUUAGUUCCACAAUAGUAGGAAAGCCAUCAAAUAUCGGUUGA